AUGGGACAUCUACUUCCGCGGGAAGCUCAUGAUGAAGGGAAUCAGUACCUGACUCACACGCCAACGUCAGCUACCUUGGACGCGAGCAGCGACGACCAGAAGGCAUUCGGGAUCCUCAUCGAUACGUUGGAACCCAGCCAGUACCGCCACAUCGGAGGCUACACGCGCGUCCGCAUCGCCUACGAAGCACUGGCCAAGCUGUCGUGGGACCCGCGCCAAGAGACUCUACCGGACUUCAUCUACCGAUUCCAGAUCCUCGUCCAGCGCCUAUCGGACGUGAGAGCCACAGAAACAGAUUCGAACCAAGUGGUCAAACUACUGCCUUGCAAGCAAACCGUCGCCAAGACGAAGAUCGCGCUUGAAGCCGAGUGGAAGGCAGCCGUCCGGAACGGCUCCAUCAAAACACCACGCGGCCAAGCCAAGGAAGACCACGCCUUGUUCGCGGCUGGUGACCGAGGCGCCAAAGGAAGCAGUGGUCGCGGAAGUGGCCGAGGUCGCGGCGCGUCCCGAAGUGGCCAAGCCGAACGAAGCGACCGUUCCUCGGCCAAGGGCACCUACCACUACUGUGGCGAAGAAAGGUACUGGCAGUCCGAGUGUCGCAAGAAGGCCUGCGAGAACGGCGGCCAAACCCCAGAGGGCAUCGACCUAAGCCAAGGAGAGUCCGACGAUGAGACGAAGAACGAUGACGGACAACCUACCCAAGACGCGGCCGAAGACAAUGGACCCAUCUUCCUGGGAGAACCCUGCGAGGCACUUCCGCUACGCACCGACCCAGACUGGCACCCUACAGUCCCAUCAGUGAGACUAUUGUUCAUCAACAACAGCUGA